CCACGAUUGCAAAGAUAAUAUACAGAAAGCCGGAACGAGAGAGAAAGCUACUUUUUGAAGCGGAUAACAGCAGCGGAAGCUGAUACAGCUCAGCGAACUUACGAGGGAGAGCUGAUCAAUGGCGGAGGAAUGUCGAGCGGCUCCACCGUCGUUCACGGAAUCCAGAAAUAGAAAGCGUUUCCUGUUAUAUCGGUCCGGCAGUGGAGGUUUUUUUUGGUUUCUGGCCGGCGUAGUUGGAACGAUCGCUGUGGCGGGAUAUAUAAACAGGCCAGCUGGCGGCGGAGAAGGUAAAGAGAGCGAUCUGAUCGGAUAGAGCCGAUCGGUUUUCAAUUUAUUAUUAUUCGGUUUUUUUUUUUUUGUUGGGUUGGGAAUUUUGGGCUAUCGAGGAGGAUAAUGCGGAAGGUGUGAAGGAAGGUGCGAGGGAAGUU